UUGAAGGUAAAUAUCGUAUACAAUUGUUUUUCACAGUUCAUUCGUAUCAAAUCUUGUGUAAGGCCAUUGAAUCUUCCAGUCAGCGAUGACUGAAAGGACUAAAGAAUUGACACAUUCGCUUCGUGUGCGUGCUUUUGAUUCAUAGACAGUUUUGCGAUCGGAGACAAUGCUUAAUUUUAUGAGUAUUGCAUAAACAAAUUGUUUUUGCAAACGACAGCUGGGUGUGUUAAAGAGAUAAAUUAGAAAGACACAAAGAGUUUAAGCGAUGGCAUCAGCAUCGAGCAGCAGUGCUAAAAAUCUAUUUAAUGAUUCGAAACGUCGUUUAGCCGAUCGAGUUGCAGGCACCGUGAAUAAUGUCGCUUCCGUUGGACGUCAAAUUGUUCGAGGUUCACGAUCCAAUGAUAUUCUAAUGCAAGCCGCGAAGAAUUUUGCACAACAAGAGGCCACCAUGGAAAAUACCUAUCAAAAUCUAAAGAAAAUGGAAUUGCUGCGCCAGCACAUGGGCUAUCAAUGUGAUUGCAUCAUUGAAAAUUCGCAGAAAAUUGAAUUUCUUAAAGAACAAGUCGAAGCAAUGGAGCGAUGACAUUUCAGAUCUCAUUUAUUUUGUAUGUGAUUGACCGAAAAAAAACCGUAACAUUAAAGUAAUCAUAUGAUAAAACCGU